CCUGCUAGGGAUUGUUUUCAUUCCGCUGUCCCCUGUUUGUGAAGACAGAGUGCGGCCAUUUUGUUAUAGUUCGGCUGUAAAUUCUGCAAUGAGGGGAAGAACAACAAACUCUAACAUUAUGUGAUGUCAUAUGAGUUUCAUUUCAAGGAAUCGGGAUCUUGUCUGUGUGGAGGAGAGAUAAAAAAACAGCGUCCCGGUGCUAACAGAGGUCUCCUUCUCUCCGGGACAUUUCCACCACAGGAUCGCUGUUAUGAAUGGAGGAUAAAUAACCAAACUAAUUAUAAUAAAUGGUGGCGACGUCGUCCCGCAGCUCUGCCCGCCUCCUCCUCGCUCUUCUCUCCGUCCUGACGCUCACGGAUCCCCCGCUGCACGGGCCACGGUUAGCACUGGCUACACCGUUGUCAGAGCCGCGUUGUGCUGAGGACCAGUUUGCAUGUCUCAGUGGGAAGAUGCAGUGUAUCCCCCUGGACUGGAGGUGUGAUGGCUGGACCGUGUGCGAGGACAAGAGUGAUGAGAUGGACUGUCCUCCGAUAAAGGAGGAGCGUUAUCGCUAUGGCAGCGGCUUUGAUCAGAUCGAGGACGUGAUGGGCGUGGCUCAGCCUGUGCGCUUUAACAAAAAAUGCCCGAGUGGAUGGCACCACUAUGAGAAGACUUCAAGCUGUUACAAGGUAUACGAGCGAGGGGAGAAUUACUGGCAGGCCGGUGAGACAUGCCAGAGAGUGAACGGCUCGCUCGCCACCUUCAGCACCAACGAAGAGCUGCAGUUCAUCCUCAAGAUCGACCAAAGAGUGUGUGAGCGCAGAGACCAGUGCAGUUUCUGGGUGGGCUAUCAGUAUGUCAUCACCAACCAGAGUCGAUCAUUCGAGGGCCGAUGGGAGGUGGCCUAUAAAGGCUCUGUGCAGGUGUUUUUACCCCCAGAUGGAUUGUGGAGUGUGUCAGAGGCGAGUGUAAAGCAGGACAGUGUGUACUGCGCACAGCUGCAGCGUUUUCACAACAGGAAUAUGAACGAGCGCGGCUUACACAGUUGGCACACUGAGAACUGCUACAAACCGUUCCCUUUUCUCUGCAAAAGACGACAAACAUGUGUGGAUAUUCGGGAUAAUGUGGUCAGUGAGGGUUUGUACUUCACGCCCAAAGGGGACGACCCGUGUCUAAGCUGCACAUGUCAUGACGGCGAGGCGGAGAUGUGCGUGGCAGCACUGUGCGAGAGGCCACAGGGUUGUACGCACUUCACAAAGGACCCUAAAGAGUGCUGCAAGUUCACCUGCCUCGAUCCGGUUGUGUGUUUCUCAGAUGGCAGCAGUUUGUUUGACUCCAUGGCGAGUGGUAUGCGUCUAAUCAUCAGCUGUAUUUCGUCGUUCCUGGUGUUGUCUUUGCUACUCUUUAUGGUACAUCGCUUACGGCAGAGACGCAGAGAGCGCAUUGACACACUGAUCGGAGGGAACUUGCACCACUUUAACCUGGGUCGACAUGUUCCUGCCUUCGAUUAUGGCUCUGAUGUGUUUGGCACUGGUCUCACACCACUACACCUGUCUGAUGAUGGAGAGGGCGGUGCUUUCCACUUUCAGGAACCACCACCCCCUUAUGCAGCGUACAAAUACCCUGAGCUCCGCCCACCAGAUGAGCCCCCGCCCCCUUACGAGGCAUCCAUUGGCCCCAACUCUCUUCUCUACAUGGGACUUGGGCUGAACGGUACACAGGUAGACAGUGGAGGAAGUGGAACUCUCUGUAGAACCCCUCUCCAGGCUCCACCCCAUCCCCUUGAGGAGAGGGCAGAAUCUAUUGACAGCAGUACAAUGUUGGUGACCCCGGACACACCGACAGACACCGAUGACCUCGACCUUAGCUCCACACUUGAUUCCACUAACACCACCUCUCUCAGCACGGUGGUUUGAGGAAAUGGGGGUGUGUUUGUUUUUGGGGCCUCGGGCGAAAGAGGAUGGGUUUUUACAAUGAACUGACGGCGUGUUUAAGCUUCAAUGCAGUUGUUAAGUGUAAAUAUGGCUGCUUGUUUUACUUCCUUCUUCUCCACAGACUGAUAAUGACAAUGGGCGGAGCUUCAGCUUUCAGUCUUUCUGUCUCCUGUUGUGAAUGUGUUGACGCUCCUGACCUUCCAUCUCCAUGACCCACACAGCUGACUCUUCAGAGUUCAGUCCUGCACAUGGACGGGUUUCAUGUUGUUAGGUCAGGAGUUAUUCAGGAUCCUUCACUCUUUUAACCCUUUGCCUCCCUCAUCCUGUUCCUCCCUCAGCCUUGUCCCCUUUAAAGUCUCUGUCCAUAAUGCUGAAUUUACAUGGUGUUGUUGAGCGAACCCUUGCUUUAAGUCGCAUCUCAGAAUCGGUGUUUACAAUGACGGUACAUGUCCGACGGCAGCAUGCAGCCAUGUAAAUGUUGCCAUGGUCAUGUUGUCUAGUUUUGCACCUACAGUAAAUAGCUAACACAGUAGUCUUUUAUUUUUUAUUGUAGAUCAUUAGGUGCAACUACAAGCCAUUAGACACCAGUGUUUCCCAGAAAAUGUGGGUGCCAUGUUUUAGUCCUAUUUGUCAUAGAGCGCUUUAUUUUCUCUGCAUUAUUUGUAAGCUGAAGCUCUGCAAAGUGUUUUGUUUUGAACUCAAUUUGAUUGGGAAAUUCUACUGUAAACAAUUCUAUGCUAUUUUCUAAAUGUUAUAUUCAUGUACUGGAGUAAUGAAAUUGUAUUUUUUUUAACCUGCAUUGACAUUUACAGGCCUUUAACUAGGUGUUUGCCAGCUCUCAGCUCAAGGUGUUGUGCGUGUAACAAUGGUGUCGUUACUUUUUAAGUAACACUACAUGGUAGCUACCCUAAUCAUAAAGUUCAUUUUUUUUCCAACUAAAAGUAUGCACACAAUUUUAAGUUUGCUAAAAAAAGUGAUGAAUAUCUGAUCCAUUUGCUUAGGUGAAAUGUAAAGUUUAGAUCCUUUGUUUUCAAAAGUCUUUGUUUAUGCCGAUACAUUGGGGGAAAAAUCCUUAAAAGGGCUUUUGGACUCGGUACCAUCAGGGCUAAAGGGGCUAAAACAGUGUGUUCACGAAGGACUGCAUUGUAUUUCUUCACUGCUGAACGACAGCAGACGUUGGUGAAUGUGCACUAGCUUAAUCUAAUUCAUUUUUUAUUCUGGUGUAUAGUUGAGCAGCUAUUAUCACCAGCUACAUCUCAAUUUUGAUCUAGCCAGACCCAGUCCUUAGUGUGCAUAAUCUUUAUACAGGGAUGGAGCCUUUAUGGGGAGCUCUAAUAGAAGACAGUUGUGUUGAGGGGCUAGUAACCUUUAUAAGGGAACACUGCAUUUUAUAGUUGCGGCAUAUAGAGUGGGAGUACAGAGUCUUGACUGUAACACGAAGUGAGAGUAAGUGUGUGUCUGUAACCACACAUCUUUCGACAGAUGCUGAUGUUUUAGCCCUGUUUAAAGACAAAACAGCAAACAGAACUGAUUUAAUCCCAGUGCUGCAAUGUAGAUAUUGAGAAAUUAUAUUAGUCACUGAACCUGGUUUUUAAAAAAGUGUUUUGAAAUGGAUUUAAAUGGCCCAAAGUACCAAUUGAGAUAUAGAUAUAUAUACACAAACAAACACAAGUUGUAGGCAAAUAUUACAAAUUGAUCUUAAUAUUUAUUAUUUAACAAGAAAUUUCAAUAAUAAAAUUGACAGAACCAUACACAGUGCAGUUUGACCUCUGUAUGUAAUGGGUCAGAUUUCCCACAAUGCACACAGAAACAAAUCACUCACUACUGAAUCCUCCGUGUUUGUAUGCGCUCAUGAGAGAGACCUACUCCGGUAUCACCGUACAGCCUGAUAGGCUAGUUAGGUUAAAGCAUUUCUUUAUAAUUUAAGGUCAGUAUCUAUGUUGUACACUCAAUUAUUCACAUCAGCUCUGACAUGGUGGUUCACUUUUGUUUUUAUUUCCAGGAAAAGUCAAGAACGCGCUUACACACACACACACUGUUUACCCAAACCCCCGUUUAAUCUUUGACCCUCUGGCUAAUUGGCACAGACAAUCCUCAGUGAACUGUCAGUUUUAAAGUCUCCUCUUGAUUAUUUAAUGAGCAGAAUGUAUGGCACUGAAGGACUUUUGUCAAUACCAAGCUUCUCCUCUAAAGGUUGAUUUGAUUUCUGCGUUUGUUGUCGCCGCUCUGCAUGUUUUUCUCCGCGGCUUGAGGAGUUCUAACAAGAAAACACUAAUAAAUCAAAUGUUUUGUGUAAAAAAAAAAAAAAUGCUACAAUUGCUAAUUUUUAAUCUUUAAUUUCAGAUUCUAAAUGUAAUUUCCUGUUUAGGUUUUGUUGCAGGGUUUUGUGUUGUAUUCUGAUAGCGAUGUAUAGCUCAUCAUCAUCAUCAGGCGCCAAAUAAACUUCACUGAAGGAUAAGA